CUCUUCUCAUCGAAGGGUAUAUUUCUUACCUGUUUAGCAAAUUGCAAUCGAAAUCUUUCGUUUUCUUUCUCAACUGAGGGAAAAUUUCCUUUCGCUCUCACGCAAAUAAAUAUUAAUACCCUGGCAGCGUUCACUGCGGCUUGAAAAUGGCACCAGAGAAGAGGUCUCAUGACGACUAUAGUGUCGGAUGGAUAUGCGCUUUACCAAAGGAACAGACGGCCGCGACGGCCAUGCUAGACGAGAGACAUCCAGAUCUAUCAAAGCCUAUGAAUGACACAAACACCUACACGCUCGGCUCAAUCGGGUCGCACAAUGUUGUUAUAGCUUGCUUGCCUAAAGGGCAAUAUGGUAACAAUUCUGCGGCGAAUGUCGCGACACUCAUGAUUAGAGCAUUUCCUUCUAUCAAGGUCGGUCUUUUGGUUGGCAUUGGUGGGGGUGUACCGAUGAAAGUGAGGCUUGGCGAUGUUGUCGUCAGUACCCCAAGCGGCCAAUAUCCCGGAGUCGUCCAGUGGGAUCUUGGUAAAGCGACAGAGGGUGGUAAAUUUGAGAGGACUGGGGCUUUGAGUAAUCCACCAAGUUCUCUUUUAACCGCCUUGGGCAGGCUAGAGACGGAAUAUGAGCUGAAAGGAUCGAAAAUCCCCAGCUUCCUAGAAGAGCUCAAGGCGAGGUAUCCAAGGUUGGCAAAGAAAUACCUGAAAUCUGCUUCACUUCAAGAUCUGCGUUUUAGAGCAGAUUACGCCCACAUUCAUGAGCCGUUUAUGAACACGCAAGGUGCUACUGAUGGCAUUGUCGAGUCGUCGCUGAAUGAAGAUGACGGAGUAGAUGACGAAUGCGAAGAGUCAUGCGCGUUUUGUGAUAAAAGCAAGACCGUGAAGAGAAAGGCCCGAUCGAUGAGAGUUCAUCAUGGACUCAUCGCGUCUGGAAAUAAAGUAGUUAAGGAUGCUUUACUUCGAGAUGAGGUGAAUAGAUCGCUUGGAGGAGACGUGCUUUGUUUUGAGAUGGAGGCAGCUGGAUUGAUGAACAAUUUCCCUUGCUUAGUGAUUCGGGGCAUCUGCGACUAUUGCGAUUCACAUAAGAACAAAGCCUGGCAAGAACAUGCUGCGGCGGUGGCAGCGGCAUUUGCUAAAGAGGUGCUCGGUUGUAUUCAACAUACCGAUGUCAAGAAUGAACAACUCAUCAGCGACGCGAUGAACGAGGGUUAGUGCUUUCUUUUCACUGCUUGCUUAAACUUAUAUAUCUGAGUUUCUAAACAAUACCCGAAUCAGUGAAGCAAGACAUUCGGCUUGUACAUGAGGUAGCCAUAAAAACGAAAAAUCAUUUGGAUACUCUUCUUGAUGAUA